CUUACUGUGGUGUGUUCUCGAUGCCUUGUUGUAGGUAAAGGUAUUGAGGGAAAGUGCCGGUGCUGGCUGAGGGUACCUGAAAGAGCACCUAUGCCUGUAAAAACCUGUCUGGGCAUUGAGAUCAGCCUUAAGAAUCUGCAGGUGUGCCAUUCUCACAGGCUUGUUUGGCAAUGAUCAGCAACAGAUAUAUAGAAUCCUUUGGAGAAGCUAUACGUGUGAUGUUCCAGAGCUGAAUGAUGGCAACCAACGACAGUACUGGCAUAUUGAAUUCUGCUUACUCAGCAGUAGAAUAUGUAGACUCUUUCUUGCCUGAGAAUCCACUACAGCAGCCAUUUAAAAAUGCUUGGAUCUAUAUGCUCAAUAACUACACUAAGUUCCAGAUUGCAACUUGGGGAUCGCUUCUCAUUCAUGAACUUUCAUAUUUUUUAAUUUGUGUGCCUGGAUUUGUAUUUCAGUUUAUACCUUACAUGAAAAAAUACAAAAUACAAAAGGAAAAGCCAGAAACAUGGGAAAGCCAAUGGAAGUGUUUCAGAACUCUUAUGUUCAAUCACUUCUGUAUUCAACUGCCUCUGAUAUGUGGAACCUACUAUUUCACAGAAUAUUUUAACAUUGCUUAUGACUGGGAAAGCAUGCCACGAUGGUAUGUGCUACUUGCCCAGUGUUUUGGAUGUGCUGUGAUCGAGGAUGCCUGGCAUUAUUUUCUGCAUAGACUCCUACAUCACAAGAGAAUAUAUAAAUAUAUCCACAAAGUGCAUCAUGAGUUUGUUGCUCCAUUUGGGAUGCAAGCAGAAUAUGCACAUCCUUUAGAAACUCUAAUCCUCGGAGCUGGAUUUUUCAUUGGAAUAAUUGUCUUUUGUAAUCAUGUGAUGCUUAUGUGGGCAUGGGUCAUUUGUCGCUUGAUGGAGACCAUUGAUGUCCACAGUGGCUAUGAUAUUCCUCUGAAUCCUUUGCAUUUGGUGCCUUUUUAUGCUGGGACUCGCUUUCAUGACUUUCACCAUAUGAACUUUAUUGGCAAUUACGCUUCAACCUUCACAUGGUGGGAUAAACUCUUUGGUACAGACUCUCAAUUCAAUUCUUAUACCGAAAAAGUGAAGAAACAGCAACAUAUUGUGGAAAAGAAGACCAAAUAAAUUUCCUAUUAGAAAGGGAAAUGGGAGCACCCAGUAGAUGGAAAUGGCUGCCAUGUGCUUUUGGCUAAAACUGGAAGAUUUAACACAUGUUGCAACCGUAAAGCAAAAUUUUGCCUUUUUUCAGAAGCCUGAGAGCAAGCCUACUGAGUCUUGGCUAUGUAAUAGGAAACAGCAUUAAUUAUAUCUUCCUAAUGGGAAUGCGUUUUCUAUUUUAUACAUAAGUAAAGCAUAUAUAUUUAAGUAAAGAUUAAAAAUGAAAGUCUUAAAUUUUGAAGUUUGUUUAAAAAAACAUCUAUUAGUCGGACAGAACAGCAUUUUGGGCUAUAAAUGUUUGAACUCAUUUUGAAAUUUGUGAAGUGCAGUCAUGAAACUGGCUUUGCCAGUUUUCUACUUUGUAAUUUAUGGUUUAGAACUUCCUUGGGAGCAAAAAUACUGAAGAGCAAAUAAUUUGCACAUGUUCAUAGUUCAUUCCAAAACUUUUCCCAGACUGGGGUAAUUUCUUAGAUAUGAGACAAAUGAUUUUAGAGAAGCUUUUUUUUCUUUUUAAUCUGCUGGGAAGAGUCUUUUGGUAGUGUAUGUAAUGUUACACAUAACUGUUAGCAAACUACUGAAUUGCUAUAUUUUGUGACUGGAAAAAACGUAGAGUUGAUUUGAAACCCCCCCCGCCCCCAAUGUUUGCUGUGCAACAAAUAAACCCAUAUUGAUAUUCAA